AUGUUGAGAUUUUUGCACCGUAAAGUGAAGUUUUGUGAUGAAAUUGAGUUUAAUGGUGAGAUUGAGUUUUGUGGUGGAAUUGAGUUUUGUCGUGAAGUUGAGUUUUGUGUUAAAGAUAAGUUUUGUGUUGAGUUUUGUAGUGAAGGUGAGUUUUGUGGUGAAGUUGAGUUUUGUGGUGAAGUUGAGUUUUGUGGUAAAGUUGAGUUUUGUGGUAAAGUUGAGUUUUGUGAUGAAGUUGAGUUUUGUGGUGAAGUUGAGUUUUGUGGUGAAGUAGAGUUUUGUGGUAAAGUUGAGUUUUGUGGUGAAUUUGAGUUUUGUGGUGAAGUUGAGUUUUGUGGUGAAGUUGAGUUUUGUGGUGAAGUUGAGUUUUGUGGUAAAGUUGAGUUUAAUGGUGAGAUUGAGUUUUGUGGUGGAAUUGAGUUUUGUGGUGAAUUUGAGUUUUGUGGUGAAGUUGAGUUUAAUGGUGAGAUUGAGUUUUGUGGUGGAAUUGAGUUUUGUCGUGAAGUUGAGUUUUGUUAUAAAGAUAAGUUUUGUGGUGAAGUUAAAUUUUGUGGUGAAGUUGAGUUUAAAGGUGAGAUUGAGUUUUGUGGUGGAAUUGAGUUUUGUGGUGAAUUUGAGUUUUGUGGUGAAGUUGAGUUUUGUGGUGAAGUUGAGUUUUGUGGUAAAGUUGAGUUUUGUGGUGAAUUUGAGUUUUGUGGUGAAGUUGAGUUUUGUGGUGAAGUUGAGUUUUGUGGUGAAGUUGAGUUUUGUGGUGAAGUUGAGUUUUGUGGUAAAGUUGAGUUUAAUGUUGAGUUUUGUGGUGAAGUUGAGUUUUGUGGUGAAGUUGAGUUUUGUGGUAAUGUUGAGUUUUGUGGUGAAGUUGAGUUUUGUGGUGGAAUUGAGUUUUGUGGUGAAGUUGAGUUUUGUGGUGGAAUUGAGUUUUGUGGUGAAUUUGAGUUUUGUUACAAAGAUAAGUUUUGUGGUGAAGUUGAGUUUUGUGGUGAAGUUGAGUUUAAUGGUGAGAUUGAGUUUUGUGGUGGAAUUGAGUUUUGUCGUGAAGUUGAGUUUUGUUAUAAAGAUAAGUUUUGUGGUGAAGUUAAAUUUUGUGGUGAAGUUGAGUUUUGUGAUGAAGUUGAGUUUAAUGGUGAGAUUGAGUUUUGUGGUGGAAUUGAGUUUUGUCGUGAAGUUGAGUUUUGUUAUAAAGAUAAGUUUUGUGGUGAAGUUAAAUUUUGUGGUGAAGUUGAAUUUUGUGGUGAAGUUGAGUUUUGUUAUAAAGAUAAGUUUUGUGGUGAAAUUAAAUUUUGUGGUGAAGGUGAGUUUUGUGGUGAAGUUCAAUUUUGUGGUGAAGUUUAG